GCUAUCUCUGUCAUGGCUCAAUCUGGGUUUGUGGAGUUGAUUGAUUUCAAUCCCAUUCGCGCAACUGAUGUGCAGCUUCCUGCUGGUAGUUCUUUUGUAACAGCGCAUUCAUUGGCCGAAUCCCAGAAAGCGGUCACUGCUGCUAUAAAUUACAAUAAUCAGGUUGUUGAAUGCCGUUUAGCUGCUAUUGUUCUCGGUAUAAAGCUUGGAAUGAAACCUCAAGAGGCAAUAUCCAAAGUGAAAACUCUUUCUGAUGUUGAAGGGUUGUGUGUAUCAUUUGCUAGCAGUUGUGGAUCUUCUGAUCCUGUCGUUGCUGUGAAGGAACUUUUGAGUGAAGAACCUUAUAGAGCUGAAAAUAUUGAGAAAAUCACUGAGGAAAACCUGCAAUCAAUCUUUGCCGAUUCUCCAACUUCUUCGGAUGUGCUAAAAGUGGCCAGACUAUAUAAGUUAUUCCAGAAACCCUCUUCACUUUGUUUUCCCAAAACCAUUCUUCAGACCAAUCCGAAGCUCCUAUUCGCCCUCUUCAGACACGACUCCGGAGCUCUCUUCAGAGACGACUCCGAAGCUCCUCUUCGCCUUCUUCAAACACGACUCCGGAGCUUUUUUCAGACACGACUUCGAAGCUCUGCUUCGCCCUCGAAGACUAUCCCGCGAACAUAACGUGCCCUCGACUUCGCCUCAAGAUGACUUGGUUGCGUGGACUUGCAAAGAUAUUUUUGUGUAUGGAGAAGAAAUUGUACUUUUGUAUAGAAGUAAUAUAAUUCUUUUGUCGUCUCUAGCUUUUGUGCAGUUUACUAUUCCUGAUACAGAAAACUAUUGGCAGCGAACAGAUAAUUAUUGGCAUGGUAGAUAGAUCACCUUUUGACGUUGUCCACUAAAUUGAUUUUUUGUCGUGGUACAUAGAUGUAUUUUUGGCUUGGUACAUACAUCACCUUUUGUCGUGGUACAGAUUACGAUGGUAAUUUGUACCAUGCCAAAUGGUCAUUUCGCAUGGUAUUGUAAAUGUAAUUUUUGUAUAUGGAAGGCUUUACUUUUUGUAUAAUUGUGUAUGUUGUACGGAAUUAUUAUUUUAGUUUGGACAAUAGUUCGUUUGUAUGUACUUGGAUAGUUAAAGUAAUUUAUUUUUUGUA